CUGUCACAUACCCAAGGUAGAUUAAAAAGUGAUGUGGUAGCAGCCACGAAAGGUUGCCAACAGCAGAUCUGUGAGCCAGAGUGGUUUUCACCCCUCUCCUCGCGCAAAAACCGAGUUGAAGUCAGCGAAUCACAGAGUAGAUGCUUUGUCUCUCGGAUGUCCUCUGUAAAUACACAGUUCUUCUGUUGCUCUAUCUGUGAUUUUCGCAUCCCGUACGACACUAAAGGUCGCGGAUCAAAGUAUUUGAGCAAGGAAGUCCAAAUUCUCGAGGAUGCAUACAUUAUGCGUGAUCCGUUUGCGGAUAAUAAUUUGGGUGGAAUAAUUCUUGGUGCAGAUUGCUGCCUAUGCAAAAGAAUGGUGUGUGUUUCUCAGGAAAUUCGGCGUAUUCUCGUAUCAUUCCCACAGAAACCUGGUUCCAUGAAAUACGAAGAAAUCGAAAAUCUCGGCACACCUAACCAGUUCAUUUCGAAAUUGCUGAACGGGCCAAGUUUCAUCAACUCCAACGGAAAGAUUCAGAGUAAAUUUGUGAGUUUGUUCUUCAGCUUCGGAUACAAACUGCACGUUGCAACUAUGCAGAUCAACUGGAAAAACACAAAUUCGUGA